GAACUAGAAGUGUGUCAAGGUAAAUUGUAUUGUCAAUAAAAUUGAACACUUCAAUAUAUUUAAAAGAAUUAAUAGCAAAUAACUCCGUGUUCCUAUUAUGAGUAUUUAACAUAUAUUUGUGUAUUUACUGUAAAGUUUUAAUCAAUCAUGUUUAUUCCAUAAACUUGUGUUCUUCACUGGCCUAGAUUUGAUAGGAUCCUAAAAUGCUGGUUAGGACGCUCCCAACGGUCUUAAAAUUUAUCCAAUGUUAUUGAAAACUUACUGUGUAUAAUGUAGUUUGAAGUCAUAUUGAAUGUGUAAUGAUCGUGUGUGAUUUAGAAACUUUAGUUAAUUAGUGUUCAAUUGAGUCAUCAUGGGGGACAAGAUGAAUACCGAGUAUUUCGCACCUGGAGCUGUAGCCUUCAAUUACAACAAUGUGACGGGAGGUGCAGACAGUGCCAGUGGGGGCUCGGGCGGCUCUGGCAUGGAGUGCAUCCAAUUGCGCUCGCCGCCCGGACCCUUUCAUUACCUCAUAUCGGAGCAGGCUAAGUCCCUCGUCGCUCUACAGGAACUCCAGAAUGAGGUCGGCGCAUUGCUCGAGUUUCGCGACCUCGUCAUCGAGACAUUCCCAAACCUGCGCUCAAAGAUGGCGCCAUCAACGCCCGCAAGUGGCACGCGCCGAGACUGGGAGCCAGGUGUGCGAGUACGCAGAAAACUUGCCGGAGGUAGCGGAGACACAACACGAACGAAGCCCCAGCCUUCUGUGCAAGACUCCGGCUUCAGCACGGAGACCUCUUGCGGAAAAGAUGCGCACUCGUCCUCGGCCUCGGCGUCCGCGUCGGCGUCCAGGACGCGACCUCUCGAGGACGAACUGUGGCCGCUUUUGGAUGUCAUACAACGCAAAGGUGUCCGGUUACGCGACGAGGCCGAACUGCUACGAGGAGAAUUGGAUGAAAGACAUUCGGCUGAUACAGCCGAGGAGUCUUUUGCACGUGCACUAUCAGGUGAGUGCGGAGAGUGCGGCGACCUGCAGCGGUUGCGGUGCGAGCGCGACGCGCUGCUGGCCCGCGCGGCGCAGCUGGAGGCGGAGGCGGCGGCGUCCCCGCCGGCCGUCGCGCCCGCGACUCCCCUCGGACGACUCGACUCCGCACUCGAAACCCCCUCGCGGACCCCACGCGUCUCCACGCCGGACUCCAAGAAGUUCGCGGCGAUUCUCCUCGAGAGCAAUCCCAUCGAACUUCAGAGACAACUCCUCACCUCCACCGUACAGAAUCAGGUGUUACUUGAGCGGCUAAAACGUGCGGCUGCGCAUCGGUCGCUGUUACUGGAGAGACUAGAACGUUCGCAAGACAUCAAUGAGGACCUUAAAUUCAGGCUCGAGGAAAGAAACAUAGAAUUGGAAGGCGCUCGCGCACGUGUGAGGCAACUCGAGGGCAAACAGCGGAGUACGAGCGAGAGCUUCGACCGCAGCCGGGACGCGCACAGCAGCAUGCGCGACAUGGAGCCGCUGCACAUUCCCGAGGCGAACGAGGGCGACGACUCGGAGACGUCGGCGCGGAUCUCCGAGACGCCGCGACGUAGCACGCGGCCGAGCCGUAUUCCACUGCACACGGCGCACAAGGGCGCGGCGCCUCGGCCGCCGGUGUCAGCGGCGACGUCGGCGCCGCCCCGACCGCCGUCGGCGCACUCGGUGCGGUCGGCUCGGUCGGCCGCGUCGGCGCGCAGCCGCAGCUCGACGUCGACGCCCAAGUCGGCGGUGCCCGUCCGCCGCUCGCCGCCCCACGACAAGAAAUCUGGCCAGGUGGAUGCGGAGGUGCAGUGCGGUGAUCUAGCUGGUGAUCCCGGCAGUGAUCUCCGCGGUGACCCCCGCAGUGACCCCCGAGCGCCCCUCGUGGCGGAAUACCUGGCUCGCACGGAACGUCUGGCCCCGUUGUUCUCGCGACUACACACGCACGCUAUACGCUCUCGUCCGCUGCCUGCCGACCUACUUCUGGAUUACCGGCUCGCAUACGAGACGCCCCAGAACUUAGCUCUAGAGCUCACCAAGUCGAUACUCUACGAGAACGCGAAUUCGAUCGACAAAACGUUGAAAUCGAUCAACUCGCACGGCGAAGAUUCGUUAUGGAACGGUAAACCGCAGCAAUAUUUUGAGAGCAUGAAUUAUGGCGAGCAGAUACCGUCAGCGGAUAACGAUACAGCUAUCAAAGAAUAUGAUAGCGACUCGCUGGCUCCUUAAUGUGGUUUUCUCUCACUAUGGUCUUUAACCUGCAUUAGAAAUGAAAGGAUGUUUGAGAACAAACAUUUAUGCUAUAAUAUAUUAUUUUAUUGCCGAGUCAAUUGAACAUCUUUUUAUUAUACACUCACGACCAUUACGCUUAGAGACAAGCGCUCUAUAGGAAGGUGUUUUCAAAUUGAAUCUUUUUAUUUCUAUUGCAGUAAAUGACUGUACUUAUUAUAGGUGGGGUUGCUCGACGCAUUCUCAUGUGUACGAUAUAUAGCAUUAGUUCCACUGAUAAAAACCAUUCCAUGUAUUUUAAAAGCACUCCGAAUGUAUCGAGUGAUCUGUGAUAGAUUAUAAAGCAAAAUGCUCUUUUAUAGUUAAUAUUCUAUCGACUUCUUACAAUUAUCUUGUGUUUGUUGAAUACACUGGAUUUCCAGGUUAAAACCAUGAAGUUUCGAGUAAAUAUUUAUUGACCAUAUUAUUAUUAUUAUUAUUCUUAAACAAUGUAUUAUUUGAAUAAACUUUCAUGUGUAAAUUAUGUUUACAUUAAAUUAAAUACAAUUGAAUAAGUGUCAAAUAUUACAUACCUAAUGAAUUUAUUAGUUAUUUUAUUAUAUGUGAAUUUCUAUAAUGUUGAGAAAAUGCUUAUUAUAAUAAGAAGUGAGAUGGUGUUGGACGAGUAACGGUAGCUAUUUAACCUAAUUAUUGUCAUUCCUAAGCCUAUAAGGACAGACUGUAACAAAUUUAUUAAUUGUGUGAGAGCUUGGAACGACUGUAGUAAGGCUGUGAAACACUCAAGUGUGCUUUGAUUUGAAGGAGUAUAAUAGCUUAGAGUUAGUUAGCUUAAACAAUUGGUUCACACGGCAAACCUAUAGGUGUGAUGAAUUUAAUUUAUACGAUAUACUAUUGUUGAACUUUGCCCAAGUGUCCAGUACUGAACGUCCAUCGCAUACUGCCGGUGUUAAUGAAAUUUAUCAAUCAUUAGUUGAUUUUUAGUAGCGUCGCAUUUGUCGUGCGAUAUAGCUCGCUAACAAAUAGUAGGAGACUGAUUUUGUAUAAAAAAAUAUAGUGAUAUGCUUAUACCAAGGGAGACGAACUCCGUUUAAAACUCCUAAAUGAUUUUUGUUCUAUUUUAUAAGCUUCGUAAAAUGUAAAAAGAUAUUGCCUAAGAAUAAGUAAUUGUUAGAUUUAUUAUUAAUAUUCCAAUUCUAUAAUGUAUAUGACUAUUUUGUAUAAAUUAAGAACAAUUAAAUAAUUAAGUCAACUAUUUACUGUACAGCUUUAUCUGCGUUUAUUGUAAAUUAUUAAGCCACUACCUUCCUAAAAUUAAGAUACUCAUAAAAUUAUCUAGUUGACUUGAAUCUAGUUGAUGACAUAUGUAAAUUGUACAGAAAUCAUAUCAUUAUAUACAAAUUACGAAAUAAA